AUGAUUUGUUUUGACAACAGUACUGCCCACACUGAUAGUAAUAAUAAUAAUAAUCAAUGUGAUUUACCAGAAAAUUAUAAAGAAUUAGUGACAACAGGUAAAGUUGAGAAAUUAAUUUUAAGUCCAAGUUCAUCAUUGGAUAGACCAAAAACAUUACCACCAAAAUCACAAGAGGAAGUAUUAAAACAUCAGAGAGAAUAUGAAGAGAUACAGAGGAAAGCAAAGAAAACUUUAGAGAGAGAAGCAAAAGAAAAAGAGAAACUAGAUGCAAUUAGAAAAGAAAAAGAGAGAUCAUUGAUAGAUGCAAGAAAGGUAUGGGAAGAGGAUAUCAUACCAGUGUGGGAGAAGAACAGCAAGAAAAGAGAUAUAAAAAAGAUAAAAGAUUUAUCAUGGAGGGGACUGCCACCAGCAGUGCGCGGCAAAAUUUGGAGACUAUGCAUAGGCAAUGAUCUUCGUGUCACCGAUGAACUUUUCAAUAUAUUUUUAGGGCAUGCGAAUAACGCAUAUAAUAAAACUACUUCACCACCUUUAAAAUCAUCACUAUCGUCAUCAUCGAAAUCACCAAAUAUAAAUAUAGAUUUAAGACAGGCAAAUAAUUCAAUACAUCAUAGUAGAUCACCGAUGAAUACAUCAACCGAUGGCGAGGAUGACGUGUUGGAUUUGGAGACGACUAAUAUGGCGUUGAUUUUACAGGAUAUUCAAGACACGUUCCCAUCGUUGAUGAUCUUUCAAAAGGGCGGUCCGCUACAUAGCGAUUUGAUCGACGUGUUGGGGGCCUAUAUUUGCUACAGGCCCGACAUUGGGUACGUGCCGGGCAUGACGUUCUUGGCGGCGAUGUUUCUAUUGAAUAUGGAGAAAUGUGAUGCAUUUCUAUCAUUAUCAAAUCAUAUCAAUAGUGUUUGUUUCUUACCAUUCUUUCGUCAAGAUCAAUCUGGUAUACCAAAAUAUUUAGCGGCAAUGGAUUCAACGGUUGAGGCAUUGACACCACCACUACAUAAACAUUUCAAAGAGAUUGGUAUAAGUGCAAAGAAUUAUUUAGUCGAUUGGAUAACAACCCUCUUCUCAAAAGCAUUGCCAUUGGAUGUUGCAACUCGUAUUUGGGAUUUAGUUUUCAUUGAAGGUGAAAUUUUCAUAUAUAGAACUGCACUAUCCAUUCUACGUUACUUCAUCUCUGAUCUAAUUCAAGCAACUUAUGAUGAAUGUAUAGAUUUAUUCAAUAAAUUACCUCAAAGAAAAAUUUCUGAAGAUAAAUUAUUUGAAGAAAUUCAGUCAAUAGUUUUAGACCAAAGAAAAUUUGAUAAAUUAUUAGAAAAAUAA